AUGCCAUUUCCUUUUGUGCUCCCAACCACAAGCUCUGCGCUCCUGUCCGACUCCUUCGAAAGCGUCACUCAUCCAUCUCUGCCGCUUGCAGCAACGACGCGACGAAGUGUAUUGAAAGAUGCCCUAAAGAAGCACAAACGCCUUUCUCCCCAAGCCAAAGUCGCCAACUUGCCCAUGGUUCAAGAUGCCGUGAACAACUAUCUUCCCUACCUUCUCGCUCUCAAUGCCGGCUCUGGCUAUCGAGACAUUGGACCCGAGCGUAUCGAUGUUGAGGUCAAGCAGCCGCUUCAAGUCGAAUGGCGAAGCACGCUCUCGUCUGCGCUUCCCGGCCGCGAAGGUCCGCGUGUAAAGUUGGCUGGCCUGCAUCAUGAGCUCGCAUUCACCUUCUCCACGCUAGCACAUGUGCACUCUCUUCUUGCCCGUUCGCAGCUGCGGACGCUGCACGGCGGUGAUGUACUCACGUCCGAGCAACGGACCGGGCUGAUCACGACGGCGAUGAAGCAGCUACUGGAGGCACACAGUAUUCAUACGUAUCUGGUGAAUCUUCCUUCACUUGCUGCUUCCAAGGACUCACCGGUAGAUAUUCAGCCUUCGACGAUAUCUGCCUUGGCUUCCUUGGCGCUUGCGGAUGCGACCAUUGCUGUGGUGGCCAAAGACGAUCCGUAUACAGCUGCUGUAGCGGACGACAGAAACGAGAGUAACAACGACUGGAUGUUCAAAGCACCAACUAUUCCACAAGUCCGUGCAAAAGUGUUCGCGAGGAUUUGUCUUGCUGCAAGUGAACACGCUGCAGCCGCAUGCGGACUUUUGGCACGAAGCGGUGCCGGUAAGGUGGAUGAUGACCUUGUCAAAUACGCGAACGAUCUACGCAGGACCACGAGAGGCAAAGCUGCUCGGCUACUAGCCAUCGAUGCUGAGUUGUCAGGGAAGACAGGCGAAGGUCUUGCGUGGCUGAAAGGCGCGAGGAAGGAACUGGGCCUCUCAGUCGACCUCGAAGAUGGGAAGCGGAAAGGUCUCAAAGGUCUCAAGCAAAGCUGGCAAGAACGACGGGAGGACAAGAAGGUCGAGAAGGGCGGAGAGUGGGGUCUGGACGCUGGACGAUAUGAGGAAGCGCGAGUGGUAGAAAUGCUAGAAACCAAGUGGGACAAGGAGAACAGCACCAUGAAUGUGCAACUAGUACCGCCUUUUGAGCCUUUUCUGGCCAGCAUGCCUUCCGGGAGAGAGUACCAUACACCACAGCCCUACAGCCCGCCUGUAUUGGAUGCGGAGACGCUGAUGAGGAUGCGAGCACCGCCAGAGCCCGACGAGAAAGCUUUUCGCGGAGACGAGGACGACAGCGGCGGGGAGGACGGCUACGGUCUGAGCAGUAUGCCCGUGGGGGCGUUCCCUGGAACGGCGAGCGAUUAUGGAAGGAGUGCAACGAGCAAUAGCUAUUACUGA